AUAUCAGUAUUUAAACCUUAUACGUUCAUAGUAUGUUGAGCUAUUAUCGUAAAUUAAAGAACAGAUGAUAUUUGUUAACAUUAACAGGAUGCAGAAAUAGAUGCGCAAUCUGAUGGAAGCUAAAAUAUAAAUAAUUCUGCAUCUAAUUAAAUUCUUUUGUCCCUUGUGUCAUGAAUCGCGAGAUAGUAACACGUGUACAUUUUGUUCGAUCUGUGAUCGAAAGAGACGAGUUCGUUUAACGUUUCGAGUUUCUGUACGCUAGUGCUUUCAGAUAUUUGAAUUUUUCAAGAGGAUUCUACGUUAAGGAUUACCCAAGAGGCUCAAUGUUCAAGCUAUUUUUAACUUCGAAAGUUGGAUUAGACUGAUCUUCGGGGGUUUCUUUUCUGGCACAAUUGGUCUGAAAAACUAAAAGGUAGUAAGGCAUGUUGUACGUAAGAAGAGCGGAAAUAGAGGUCCGCGCGAAAGACGAUGGAGUUAAGUAGAUAGAAGACCAUUCUGGCACCAUCACCAGACGCUACCCGGCGGUGCACGAUGCUCUGUUAUCUCACUCUUACUAUUCUCUUCGUCGUUAAUGUGCCAUUCGUGACGGGGUUGGAGCCAGACUUCCUUUACCCACUAGAAAAUGUAACGAUCCCGCAGGGUCGAGACGCUACUUUCACCUGCGUGGUGAACGAUCUCGGUGGAUACCGGGUGAGUCCUUCUUCCUCCGCGAGUGGAAAUCACGGUGGCACCAGGGCCCGGGUGGCAUGGAUCAAGGCGGAUACGAAGGCCAUCCUGGCAAUUCACGAACACGUAAUCACGAACAAUGCACGUCUUUCCGUGACGCACAGUGAUUCGCACACGUGGACGCUGAACAUCAAAGGAGCGCGUCGCGAGGAUCGGGGAGUUUACAUGUGCCAGGUGAACACAGAUCCGAUGAAAAGCCAGAGCGCAUUUCUGGAGGUGGUAAUCCCACCGGACAUAAUUUACGAAGAGACGUCUGGGGAUCUCAUGAUACCGGAAGGUGGUUCUGCGAAGCUUGUUUGUAAGGCCCGCGGUUACCCGAAGCCAGACAUCGUCUGGCGACGGGAAGACGGCAACGAAAUAACUUCGAGGUCCGGGCACACUGGUGGAAAAACUAGAGUUGCCUUCGCGGAAGGAGAAAUUCUAAUAUUUCCUAAGGUGACGAGGAGUGAAAUGGGCGCCUAUUUGUGUAUAGCGAGCAACGGUGUCCCGCCCUCCGUCAGCAAGCGGAUGAUGUUACACGUACAUUUUCGUCCAUUGAUUCAAGUGCCGAAUCAGCUUGUGGGGGCUCCAACCACUACCGACGUUACGCUGGUCUGCUACGUAGAAGCUUCUCCGAAGCCUAUAAAUUAUUGGACCCGUGAUACAGGGGAGAUGAUAAUUAGUAACGACAAAUAUGCAAUGUCGGAGGCAAAAUCAUCCGUCUAUAGUGCACAGAUGCGUUUGCUGAUAAAGGGUCUACAGGAUCGAGAUUUCGGUGGCUACAAAUGCAUCUCGAAGAACUCGUUGGGUGACGCCGAGGGAAGCAUUCAUCUUUACGAAAUUUUAUUGGAUUCAAAGAACAAUGAGAACUAUGGAGAUGAUGGGGCUUCGGAAGAUGGUGUGGGUCAUAGAAUUAAUGACGUUUUUAAAGGAUCAUUAAGGGAAACCGGUUCGACUACCAGACCACGACAUAAUGGUGACGAUUAUGGUGAUUCUGCUUCCUCAUUUAGAACGCAUCCAACCGCUAUUUUUAUUAUUCUAAUAGCUUCGUAUCACCUAAUUAAAUUCACGUAAGGCUAUCAAUUCCAAGAGUACCAAAUCGUUCACCUUCGUUUUUUUUUUAAUCGGAGAACAUUCCAAAUUAAAAAAAAAAAAUGAU